AUGGAUCUACUUGGUGGUGUAUUUGAAGAAUUUUCACCAACAAGUGGAGAAAUUGGCAUUGGAACUUCUGUGGCAUUUCUAUUACUUUCAGCACUACUUGCUGAAGCAACGUCAAAUGACACAUAUAUCAAGGCUGCAAAUCAAACAUUUGAGUUUAUCAACAUUAACUCAAUUGAGGGUGAGACAACCUUCCUUGGUUUGGAGGACAACACAACAAAGGCAUGUUAUAAUUCUACCCACAAACCUUCAGAACUAUGGUAUCCACCAGCUGGAGACCUCAUUGAAGGAUUGACCAUCCUUGGAGCUGUUGAUAGCUAUUUCUCAAAAUUUGUUAAAGAGCACAUUCAAUCUCAAACCUUGUUGCGACAGAAUCAAAGGCCAGAUGGUAUCCUCGAUAUAGGCCCAAAUUACAUACCAGGAUUUCCAACUGGUGAUCCCUUCUUAGUGCGCGGGCUUAUGACUGCAUAUAGGAGAAAUGUCACUCCUGAAUUAAGUGACUAUAUCAAAACCUUUAUAGAUAUUCAGUAUAAUGGCCUACUCAACAACACCACAUAUCCAGGAACAAAUAUAUAUGGAGGCUCAUGGAUUGGCCCACCAUCACGAAUUCUUGACCUUGCUAACCAGACCUUUGCUGCUAUGGUACUUGUGCAGGCAAUUGAUCUUGUCCCUUCUCCUUCCCCUCCCUCCAAUGUUACCAGUGUCAAUACAUCAGGAUCCACAUCUACAAAAACUGGCACAAUAGUAGGGGGUGUUGUUGGUGGAGUGACUUUCAUUGCCAUUGUCACUGGUCUCAUUCUUCUUUUUCUUCAUAAAAGAAAGCAAGGCCACCAAGGUCCCACUUCAAUCCUUGCAUCUUCUACUCCAUCUGUAUUCAUCACAUCUUACCCUCCUUCCACAUACGGAAUCACUCCCUUUAUACUGCCAGAACCAUGGGAGAUGGAUGUUGCACCAAAACCUGCAAAGGCCAUCAUUUUUGACCCAAACAUUCAGCCAACUGCAGACGAACCAGUGGAUCCAGAGAACUUGAUACAGGGCUAUAGCAUGGCAGACCAACUCAGAGUAGAUGAAGUCACCAACCAUGCUGAGGAUGAUUUUGAGUCCAGAUUCCAGGCCAUGUCAACAGCACAUAUGGUUAGAAUCUUGAAUGCACGUUUGGAAAGCGAGACAUUGCCACCUACUUAUCAAAGUCAGGUUGGAAGUUGUGUAUAG